AAUUAAAAGUGAAGUAGAAAAUAUUAAAAUACGAUAAAAGUGCAGAAACGUCAAAAGAGGUUUGACAUUUCGUCCUGCAAUCGAGGUUAAGUUAAGGUUAGAUCGAUAUAUCUCGAUCCCUCGAUAUAUCGAUCGAUCGUGACUCGCGGGCGAGGGGACGGUCGAGUUUCUCGCUGGCCGUGCCAUGGACUGCGCUUUGUGCGCUCGAUUUGUGAAGAGGGAGGCAAGCGUAGCGUAGCGAAGCGAAGCGGGGCCGAGCCGAGCCGCGCCGAGCCGGAUGCCGCCGCGUUAAACUGCGUGCUCGUCGGCCGUGAAACGCCACGCCGCUGUCGCGUCGCGCCGCGCCGAUCCGACACGACCCAGGAAUCCGAAGACCGAGGGACGGACGAGGACGUGCAAACAAGUACGCGCGCGCGCGCGGCUCCGUCGUGUCGGCGAUGUGGCGAGCAUUCCUGGCCGCUGGCUCUCCGGCGGCGGUGCUCGCGCGUCCCGUGACGGCCGUGUCGAAUCUGCGGAGCCUCUCCGAGGGCUGAGGCAGAUCGACGCAGGAGUAGCUUGAGAAGCUCUCGCGAACACGAAAACCGACCAGGAAAUCGACGACGAAACGCUUCGCCUGGGAUCAUCGCUGUCGACGAGGUAGAUACCCCUUGGUAGAGAUCGCGCGCAAUGGCAUCGCAGAGUCAGAGUACCGUCAACGUCGCCUCGACCGGCGCCACGACGGCGACGACGGCCAACGGACCGCCGUCGACGUCGGCGCCGUCGUCCGGGACUGUCGUUCAGACCAGCGCAGCCGCCAUCUCGGCAGCGAAGACGCAGACUCUCGCCCAGCAAUCCCCCUCGCAGUCUCAACAGCAGCAGCAGGCCAACAAUAUUGAGCCGUUGGACAAGAGUUCUUCUAAUACUCUCAAGCGCAAUCCAAAGAUGGAAUUGAGCAAAACUGAUUUGCUGAAAUUACUGGGAUAUCUAGAGGGCGAGCUCCAAGCAAGAGACAUUGUGAUAGCAGCAUUAAAAUCAGAAAAAAUGAAACAUCUUCUAAGUUCCCGGUACCUUACCAGUACUGCAGAUCCACACGCGGCUUUAGCUCGCGAUGUUGCAAUAGUAGGUGGUGUUAUUGGGGUUGAAGGAAAUCAAAUUGAUCAACAAGUAGCUAGUCUAGAAGCAUUGGUGAUGCAGCAGAGAAAAGCGCAAUGUAGAAUGACAAAAGUCCUUCGAGAUGCUGAAAUUAGACAUAGAUCAGUGAUUAAAGAAUUAGAGGAGGAGAAGCGGAAACAUGAACACGAUACUGCUCAAGGUGAUGAUAUCACUUAUGGUCUUGAAAAAGAACGAACGAGAUUAAAGAAGGAGUUGGAACUAGAAAAGCAAGAAAAAAAGAGAUUAGAAAUGGAAUUAAAAAAGGCUAAUGAUCAUCUUGAAGAGGAGAAAAAUCGACAAAAGCAAAUAGUAUUGCUUCUGUUGGCAGAACGGAAAAAGAUUAUUAUGAAAUAUAUUGAAGAGAGAAAACGAUCUGAAGAUUUGGCUCAAAUACUCAGUGAAGAGAAGGUACGGAUAGAUUCAAUGGCCGAAGGCCUCGAGGAAGAGAGUAAGAAAUCACUGCAGAUGGAAGCAGAAUUGGAGAAACAAUUAGCACAAUUUGAUAUGGAGAGGCAACAAUAUCGGCAAGCUCUUACAAAAGAGGAAAAGAGGGCGAAAGACUUUGAGACGGAAUUGGAAAAGUUGCGAGUCGAAAUGGAUACGUGGAAAGAGUCGCAGGCUCGUGGUCCUGCUAGAGGAGUUGGUGCAACUCCACCACCGCCACCUGCAAAACCAGCGAAUUUAGUCGCUAUGCCGACACUCAGGCCGGCUAGUGCACCACAAGCAAUGAAAGGAACAGUGUUGGGUACAGGGACACCCAUGGUUAGUAGUAAAGUUGUCCAACCCACUGCCACAGUGUCCAGUGUUCCUGUCAGCGGACCAACAACUGGGAUUGCUAGAUCAGUAACACCUGGACAGGCACUUCGUGGGGUCGCCUAUACACCUAAUUUAACAUCUGUAGGUGGAGAGUCUACAGCUCCUCCAGAUACACAGGCCGUAGACAAGCGACAACCGGUUGUACCUGCUCCCGUUAAUACCGCGGCCGCCGCCGCCGCAGCUGCCGCGAGUAAGCUUAUCACGACGUCGCAAGCCGCAGCAGGGAAGCUCGGCUUUCACGUCGGCCAGUCUGCUGCGAGUCCCGCCGUCAACCCCGCUGUUCAGGCAUCCGCCACCGGUGGUGGUGGUGGUUUACUGCUCGCGAAAAAGCCGAUCUCGCGGGGUGUACCGCCCCCGGUACCACCGAAUAAACCCGUGGUACCGCCGAAAAAGGAGGCGGCUGCUUACCUCAGGAGACCGGAAUUGCAAAGCGGAUCGCAGGAUACCGUCAAGUACGGUAAACAGACGGCCCCAUCGCACGGAGGAGUCACGACGGCGACGAGCGGAAUCGCUCCUCCUGUGCAAACGCAACAACCGCUUCCGGCGAGUACCGCCGAGGAAGAGACAAAGCAACGUUGAGUUAGAAAGAGCUGAACGAAUAUAAACGUGUGAACAUAUAUAUGAUCGAGACACAUAAUAAAAAGCAACAAAACAAUGUUUGGAAUCUGCUGGAUUUGCUGCACGGUGCGACAGAUUCCAUAUUUGCAAGAGACUGUUUCUAAAAUUGCCAAGAAGGAAAGACAGAGAGAGGGAGAGAAAAGGAGAAAGACGAGCGCUUUGUACAUUCGAUAAACUUUCUACGGCCGUGUCCUUUAAGGACGACGGGGUGCGUUGUGUACAUUACGACUAGAUCUCAUCAUAAUCGGUGACAUCCGAUUGAAAUGAUUCUAUUUGCAACCGAAGGCAUUCGUAAUUAACUAGAAAUAUUUCUGAGAUAUGUAAGAUAGCCGUUGUAGGUUCCUAGCUCAUUCUAUACGAUUUAUUUGAACGAUAGCGUUAACUAAACCGAAUCGCCGUGGCACGAACAUUAAUUAACAUUAACAAACAUGAGCGUUAUUUUGAGCGAGUAUUAUUGUAAUAUGAAAAUUAAUAUGACGCGGAGAUUGUUAACGUUUGCAAAAGCUUUCGGAGCUAAUCGCAGCCCUCAGCGUCGUUCAACAUCAAUUCUGAAUUAAUUGAACUUUUCUUUCCUA